CGAGGAGGAGGGAGCAGAAGCAGGAAGGAAGGCAGGCAGAGAGGGAAGGGAGGCAGGCUGUGAAUGCUAACGAGCCCCGUUGUAGUCACACUGCUCCGUGGGUAGGCUUUGAUGAAACAUCUUGACAUGGAGAGGAACAACGACGACGACCACUACUAAACACCUACUAUGCGCCAGCACCGCUUUCUUUGCUCUGUGCGCGUGCAGCAGCGGCAGCAGCGGCAGCCUCACCACCGUCGGCACGUUUGAUCAGAAAAAAAACACGUCUUUUUUCCGCUGAGUGAAAUGUAUCGAGACUACUCGGGAUUCACAUUGUGACAAUGGAGAUUGAAAAUAUCGUGGCCAACACGGUUCUCCUGAAGGCGAGGGAAGGUGGAGGAGGGAAGAGAAAUGGUCGCAGCAAGAAAUGGAAGGAGAUGCUCAAACUCCCGCACAUCAGCCAGUGCGAGGAGCUACGUCGCACCAUCGAGAGGGACUACACAAGUCUGUGUGAGAAGCAGCCAAUCGGGCGGCUGUUAUUCCGUCAGUACUGUGACACCAGGCCAGAGCUGAAGCGCUGCAUCGAGUUCAUGGAUGCCGUGGCCAUGUAUCAGCUCGCUGCUGAUGAGAAGAGGAGGGACUGUGGACUGAAUAUUUUAGACACAUACUUUAAUAACGGGUCGGCGGCGCAUCUGCCUGACAUACCACAGGAUGUAGUGGCCGGCUGUCGGGAGAGGCUGGAGCAGACUCCGUGUAAGGAGCUCUUCGAUGACUGCACCAAAAUAGUUCGUGAUUAUCUGAGUGGAGCUCCGUUUUCCCUCUACCAGGAGACCAUGUAUUUCUCUCGCUUCCUGCAGUGGAAAUGGUUGGAGAGGCAACCAGUAACCAAAAAUACCUUCAGACAUUACAGAGUACUAGGGAAAGGUGGAUUUGGCGAGGUUUGUGCCUGCCAAGUACGUGCCACCGGUAAGAUGUACGCCUGUAAAAAGCUGGAAAAGAAACGUGUGAAGAAAAGAAAAGGUGAAGCAAUGGCACUAAACGAAAAACGCAUUUUAGAAAAAGUUAACAGUAGUUUUGUAGUUAGUCUAGCCUAUGCCUAUGAGACCAAGGAUGCGCUGUGCCUGGUGUUGACCAUAAUGAAUGGAGGUGACUUAAAAUUCCACAUCUACAACAUGGGCAACUCUGGCUUCGACGAGCAGAGGGCCAUCUUCUACGCUGCUGAGAUCUGCUGUGGCCUUGAGGACCUGCACCGUGAGAGGAUAGUCUACAGGGAUUUGAAACCUGAAAACAUCCUUCUGGAUGAUCGUGGACACAUCCGAAUUUCAGACCUGGGCCUUGCUGUUCAAAUCCCUGAAGGAGAGACGAUACGAGGGAGAGUGGGAACUGUUGGAUAUAUGGCUCCUGAAGUGAUCCAGAAUGAGAGCUACACCUUCAGCCCGGACUGGUGGGGGCUGGGCUGCCUGAUCUUUGAGAUGAUCCAGGGCCAGUCACCUUUCCGCAAGCGCAAGGAGCGUGUCAAGCGGGAGGAGGUGGACCGGCGAGUGCGCGAGGACCCGGAGGAGUACUCCGAUAAGUUCUCAGAGGAGGCGAAGGACAUCUGCAGACAGCUCCUGGCCAAGGACCCCAAGGAGCGCCUUGGUUGUCAGGGCCGCGGGGCCAUCGAGGUCAAGCAGCACCCUAUCUUCAGAAACAUCAACUUCAAACGGCUGGAGGCGAACAUGCUGGAACCCCCCUUCAGCCCCGAUCCUCGGGCGGUGUACUGUAAAGACGUCCUGGACAUAGAGCAGUUCUCCACUGUCAAAGGUGUAAACCUUGACCCCACAGACGACGACUUCUACCACAAGUUUGUCACAGGCAGUGUCUCCAUCCCAUGGCAGAACGAGAUGAUCGAAAUGGAGUGCUUUAAAGAAAUUAAUGUCUACGAGACAGACGGGACGCUGUGCUCAGACCUGGACGUGAACCGGCCUAACCCUCCACCAAAGAGAGGCUUCUUCUAUCGCCUGUUCAGAAGAGAGGCAAGUGCUAGUGCUCCGACAACUGUUCGAGGGGGUGGGGGCUAAGGUCUGUUUUAAGAGCGGUUACAGUGACGACGAGACAGAAGAGCCCUCACGACUUUAAACCACUCCCUCCAGCUGACCGCAGACCCCGCCCCCCUCUCCCCUUAGACCCCCCCUCCCUCCCUCCCUCGCCGCUGAACUUCACCACAAACUCCAACCGAGCGCAAAUCUUAGGAACUCAGUGAAUGUUGACCUGUAUUUAUGAGCUGUAUUAAAAGUGUAUUAUAAUUAAAGAAAAAAGUAUGAGUUUAAAGAUUUUGUACAUUUGUACUUGAAUUUAUGUCUAGAUGUAUAUUUUCACUAAAGGUUGUAUUGUACAAAAAGCCAUAAAAGUACCACUUGAAUGCAUACAUUACAUUUUAUUUCCUUUUUACUUUCUUUUGGAAUGAGUAUGGAUAAUGUGUAUUGGGGAGUUUUUUAAAAAAAAAGCACAGUACCAUUAGUCUUUUUUUUUUUUUCUUAAUGUAGCAUAAGGCCUUUUUAUUUUCAAUAUGUGCUGUAUGUUUGUCAUUGAUUUGGCCAACGUGACGUGUUGUUAGCACAUCAGAUUCACCUCGUCCCAUACUAACCUUCAGCCUCUGUACCCAUCAAGGCUGAGGUCGGUCUGAAUUGGGGGGGGGGGGGGGGGCGUAGAUCUGAAUGAAUCCAGUCUAACAUUGCUGUGUUGGUGCCAUGCUGCUUAAAAACCCAUCCAUGUAUCUCCCAGCUCUCCACCUUCGCCUUUGUUUUUGAGUUUAUGAGACCUUGAUAAUUCUAUGUCCUUCCCUCCUGGUUCAGUUGUAAGGCAGGUUACAGUAGAAUGAAUGGCGUAUGUCGUCCACUAGGUGCCUCCACCAGCUCAGUUCUUGCGUAGAUGGCAAGGAGUUGGUUUGUGUCUGACAAGCUUGACAGCAUGUGCAACAUUAGGCGACCCUAAAUUUGAAAGGAUAUAUUGUGGAGGUAAUUUUCCAUGACACGACACCUGAUUAUUAUGAUUCCUUGACCUCUGUAAAAGGCUCAGUUGCACAGUGUUUCCUUCCUUGCGGAGCAGAGCUGUUGAGAAAAAUGUCUGUUACAUUGCUCACUCAGGCAGAAAGAAUAUUAUUUGAUGAUUUUUUUUAUUUUAUUUUAUUUACUCAUUGUUUACUUUUUCUGCAUUUGUUGUACUACCUGGCUCCCCCCCCCCCUCCCUCCUUGUUUUAUGAUCAGAAGAGAAGAAGUCUCUCCCCCUUGAAAUUUCUUAGUAAUUUGCUAAUCCAUAUUUUUAGUCUACAAGAUCGCUCAUGACCGAUUGAGUGGAGAAUGACUUGGGAAAUGGAGACGGAUAACGAUGAGGACCGUGACGGCACUGUAUGAGAUCUGACCUGCAGCUUCAUCUAGAUAACAAAGUCAUCACUAACUAACUUCUAUUGAUUCCGCUGUCGGCAGCUUUUUUGCCUCUGUGCUGAGUUAAAAACACGAGCUGCUCUGGCCUCUUUUGUCUGUCGAUCAUAGAUAGCACGGCGGCGCCUGUUGGCCACUAAUACUGCGAGUAGACCUCUAGUUAGUCCCCGUGGCUUCAGCUGUGUUUGUGAUGAAGAGAAAUGUGUUAAUAGUGCCCCCGUCUUCAACCUCUGCAUUGAAAUCUUGUUUGAUGUUCCUUCAUCGGGGUGAAACAGCAAAGUUACUCUCACUGUAUAUUGUAUGUGCGCACACCAGGAGGAACCCUCGACCACUUCCACAAUAUUUAUGCCUUUUAUGUUGUUUUUUUUUUUCUCUUUCAGACAAACGUUUCCUUUCAAAUCAACCAUGAUCAAAUUCACGUACUGUACAUUUCCCCAGAUAUAUAACAAUCAGGAUUCACUACAGUAUGUUCCUCUCUUAGUUAGCUUUCCGUGAGCUCUUCAUAAGCAUUUGAAGCAGUUUUGCUUUUGAGACAGUUGCUGUUUACUCCCCCACCACCUGUUUUAAUGCUGUGAAUAUCCAAUCUGGACAUGUUCCGUUUGUGUGUGUGUGUGUGUGUAUGUUACACUGUAUGCUACUGCAGCUUUUUGGUCAGUCUCAUGCAUCGAAGCAAAAUUAGCGUCGCCUUGUGCAGUAAGAAUUCAGUUAGCCUAAAAGAUAACUUGUUGAUAUGAUUUUACUUUCCUCCACAACAUAAGCAUCAUCUGCAUUUUUUUUUUAUCUGCAUUACUUACAAUAAAUCAAAAUUGUGAAGGUGCUUGAAUGUCACUUAAUUAAAUUUCUAACAUUCAAGACCAUGUGCAUUCAAAAUGGUACGCAUACAGCUCCCCAUCUAAUUAACCAAUAUGGAGAGUCUGCAGUUUCCAGAUUUUUGUCCCCUGUAGCACACGCCAUUAUCAAAAUCAAGAAUCGAACACAUGCAUCUAGCUGUUGCUGGCUUUCGUUACUUGAGUUUCUGAGUGUCUUUUAUUAUUACAUAAUUUUUUUUUCUUUUUUUUUUUAUUGUUGUUGUUGUUGCUCUCAGGCACAUUUUAAAGCAAAUUUCUCUUGCCAGUGUAGAUUUUAGCCUUUUAGCUCUUUAGCCUCAAAAAACCUUGUAAAUGAUGUAUUUCUAACAUGUAACUAAGCUCUAACAAACAUUCACUCACCCACA